CCGGAGAAUUUACCUGGAAAAACUCAACCUCUUUUCUCUGUUUUAUUUAUAAAUUAGUGUUCUUCUUUCAGCCCUGCUUAUUCUUCUUCUUCUCGAGUUCCUACAAUACUGAAUCUCGAUGGGUAAAGGAGGGGAAAAUUAUGGAAAACGUGAUGGUAAUGGAUCAAGGCCCCCUGACAAGGAAAUCUUUCCGGCGUGGGCUAAGGACGUCGAUCAGUGCUUGAAAAAUUAUGGGGUGGAAAAAGAUUAUGGCUUGAAUUCAGAUAUGGUGGAGAAGCAGCGUCGGAUCUUCGGCUUGAAUGAGUUGGAAAAGCAUGAAGGCCCUUCCAUCUGGAGUCUGAUUCUUGAACAGUUCAACGAUACCCUUGUCCGGAUUCUACUUGCCGCUGCAGUUAUUUCUUUCGUCCUUGCUUGGUACGAUGGGGAUGAAGGAGGCGAGAUGGGAAUUACGGCUUUCGUCGAGCCUCUUGUGAUCUUCCUGAUCUUGAUAGUAAACGCCGCAGUUGGAGUCUGGCAGGAGAGCAACGCUGAGAAAGCACUGGAAGCCCUGAAGGAAAUUCAAUCGGAGCAUGCCAUGGUGAUUCGUGAAGGGAAAAAGAUUUCUUCGCUACCUGCCAAGGACCUCGUCCCUGGUGAUAUUGUUGAGCUCAGGGUGGGCGACAAGACUCCUGCUGAUAUGAGGGUUUUGAGUCUGAUAAGCUCCACCGUGAGGGUUGAGCAGGGGUCAUUGACGGGAGAGAGUGAAGCUGUUAACAAGACCAAUAAGGCAGUCCCCGAAGACAUGGACAUUCAAGGGAAAAGAUGUAUGGUUUUUGCCGGCACGACGGUUGUGAAUGGGAAUUGCAUCUGCUUGGUCACCCAGACUGGCAUGAAUACUGAGAUCGGGAAAGUUCAUUCCCAGAUUCACUCCGCUUCUCAGAAUGAGGACGAUACCCCGUUGAAGAAGAAGCUGAAUGAAUUCGGAGAGGUCCUCACCGGCAUUAUUGGUGUUAUUUGUGCUCUGGUCUGGCUCAUCAAUGUGAGAUACUUCCUCACUUGGGAUUACGUGAACGGUUGGCCAAGUAAUUUUAAGUUCUCUUUCGAGAAGUGCACGUACUACUUUGAGAUUGCGGUGGCAUUGGCUGUUGCUGCCAUUCCAGAAGGAUUACCGGCGGUUAUCACAACUUGCCUGGCUCUAGGGACACGCAAGAUGGCGCAGAAGAAUGCGCUUGUAAGGAAGUUGCCAAGUGUUGAAACCCUAGGUUGUACAACUGUGAUUUGCUCUGAUAAGACAGGUACCUUGACUACCAAUCAGAUGGCUGUGGCAAAGCUUGUGGCAAUGGGGUCUAGCACAAAUAUAACCAGGACCUUCAAAGUGGAAGGAACCACAUACAACCCUUUUGAUGGGAGGAUUCAUGACUGGCCAACUGGUGGCAUGGAUGCAAAUCUUCAAACAAUUGCAAAGAUUGCUGCUGUCUGCAAUGAUGCAGGUGUUGCACAAUCUGGAAAUCACUAUGUGGCCACUGGCAUGCCAACUGAAGCAGCAUUGAAGGUUAUGGUUGAGAAGAUGGGGUUUCCUGAACAACAUGCUAACUCACCUUUGGGAUCUACUGAUGUUCUACGUUGUUGCCAAAAAUGGAGUGACAUUGCACGUCGGAUUGCAACUCUUGAAUUUGACCGUGAUCGCAAGUCCAUGGGAGUUAUUGUGAGAUCAAAUUCAGGAAGAAAUUCGUUACUUGUGAAGGGUGCGGUAGAGAAUUUAUUGGAAAGGAGCUCCCAUGUUCAGUUGCUUGAUGGCUCUGUUGUAAAAAUGAAUCAAAGUUCAAGAGAUCUUAUUCUGCGAUCCCUUAAUGAAAUGUCCACGACUGCAUUGCGUUGUCUGGGUUUUGCUUACAAGGAGGAGAUUGCUGAAUUUGACACAUAUGACGGUGAUGAAGAUCAUCCAGCUCAUAAACUCUUACUUAACCCAUCCAAUUAUUCAUCAAUUGAGAGUGAUCUCAUUUUUGUUGGCUUGGUGGGACUGAGGGAUCCUCCUAGAGAAGAGGUCCACGGAGCAAUUGAGGAUUGCAGAGCAGCUGGCAUUCGUGUUAUGGUAAUUACAGGAGAUAACAAAAAUACAGCAGAAGCAAUUUGUCGUGAAAUAGGAGUCUUUGGACCUCAAGAAGACAUUAGCUCGAAAAGCUUAACUGGAAGAGAAUUUAUGGAUCUUCGUGACCAGAAAACGCAUUUGAGGCAAAGCGGUGGCCUUCUCUUCUCUAGGGCUGAACCAAGGCAUAAACAAGAGAUAGUGAGGCUGCUCAGAGAAGAUGGGGAGGUGGUUGCGAUGACUGGGGAUGGGGUGAAUGAUGCCCCUGCUUUAAAAUUAGCUGAUAUUGGUAUUGCCAUGGGCAUUGCUGGAACUGAGGUUGCAAAGGAAGCCUCUGACAUGGUGUUAGCUGAUGAUAACUUCAGUACAAUAGUUUCUGCUGUUGGUGAAGGUAGAUCUAUUUAUGACAACAUGAAGGCUUUUAUCAGGUACAUGAUCUCCUCAAAUAUUGGAGAGGUUGCUUCCAUAUUUCUGACAGCAGCUUUAGGUAUUCCGGAAGGCCUGAUCCCCGUUCAGCUCUUGUGGGUCAAUCUUGUUACUGAUGGUCCCCCUGCAACAGCCUUGGGAUUCAAUCCACCAGAUAAUGAUAUAAUGAAGAAACCUCCUAGAAGAAGCGAUGAUUCAUUGAUCAGUGCUUGGAUUUUAUUCCGUUACCUGGUUAUUGGGCUCUAUGUUGGACUGGCAACUGUGGGUGUCUUCAUCAUUUGGUAUACACAUGACUCCUUCAUGGGCAUUGACCUGAGCAAGGAUGGCCACACACUUAUCACAUACUCUCAGCUUGCCAACUGGGGCCAGUGCUCUUCCUGGGAAGGGUUUACAGUUUUCCCCUUCACGGCUGGUUCUCGGGUUUUCUCCUUUGAUAACCCUUGUGACUACUUCCAGGCUGGCAAAGUGAAAGCCAUGACCCUCUCACUCUCUGUCUUGAUCGCAAUUGAAAUGUUCAACUCCCUCAAUGCCUUGUCUGAGGAUGGGAGCCUCUUGACUAUGCCCCCAUGGGUCAAUCCAUGGCUCCUGCUGGCCAUGUCUGUCUCCUUUGGCUUGCAUUUCUUGAUCAUGUAUGUGCCAUUCCUUGCACAAGUAUUUGCCAUUGUGCCUCUCAGCCUGAAUGAGUGGCUGUUAGUGCUGGGUGUUGCAUUUCCAGUGAUACUGAUUGAUGAGAUCCUCAAGUUUGUCGGGAGAUGUACGAGGGGGAGUCGCCGAUCUGAUGCAAGUAGAUCACUGAAGCCCAAGUCAGAUUGAGGUGUUGCUGUUGUUGUGGCCUUCAUCCAACAGUGUGGAAACUCUUGCAUUGUGAGUUCUAUUCCAGUCACAUCUCUCCAAUUGAACAAAACUUGUGGUCUCCCCUCCCCCACUUCAUCCUCAUUUGGGGGUUGGUUUGGACCUUUAAGAUCUAGAUAGAUAUAUUGCGAAGGAGGAUAUGGGACUCUUGAGUAAGAAUAUGAAGAGACCCAAUUUUACUUGUCCUACUUUGUUGCUUUUUUCCUUUCUUUUCUGAUACUUCUCAGAACACAUUCAAUUAAUAGAAGGUUAAUGGUGGAAUCACUUGUCACA